AUGCUCCGCUCGCUCGUGGGACAGACACGCACGCUCGCACGACCACGCACACGGUCACUCGCCCACUCUGCCAGCCGCCGCGCCCACCCGUCCACCCGCGUCUGCUCCGACAGUUCCGAUGAGCGCAUUCACCCUGCCCUCGUCAAGGACCCGCCCGUCGCCAACCCUUCCAGCGCAACAGAUCCAUGGACGAUCAAGACGCCGCCGAUGCCAGAGCCGCCCAAGCUCGACCCGAGCAUCAAGACGAUGGACGACCUCGUCAACUCGCCGCACCCAGAGGGGCGCGAUCACGAAGAGACCGAGACGCUGAGGAAGCGCCUUGUGUACGAGAGCAGGAAACGCGGCAUCCUCGAGAUGGACCUGAUCCUGAGCACGUUCGCAAAGGAGCGCCUCCCCGAGAUGAACGAUCGCCAGCUCCGCGAGUACGACCGGUUCCUGACGCUGCUCGACUGGACCAUCUUCUACUACGUGACGGGCAAGGCCGAAGCGCCCGAACCUUGGAAGUCGUCGCAGGUCCUGCACGAGCUGCGCCACCACUCGGCGAACAAGGGCAAGACGGUGCGACGAAUGCCAGACCUCGAGGUCAAGAAGGAAUAG